AUGAAUCAGUCCAUUUUAUACCUAGUUACAAUUCAUUUGCAUAAUUCAGUUGCUAAUCAUUUAAUGCCUAGCACCAUAAGGAUUUCAACAUACCAAUAUUAGUUCCAGAACAGAGCAUUUAUUUCGUGAUCAUUUACUCGUAUUUCGUGAUAUCAGCACUUCUGCCACCAGGUGGCGUAUUCUGCUUCCGGCUAAUGCUUUUGUGAAAAGAAAACGAAUUUUUCGUUUUAUUUACGCCUUUAUCGUCAUAAUAAGUCAAUCAAAUAUAUAUGUCUCAGUUUAAAAGCAACCUUGGAAUGUUGUAGGAUCUUUUGGACCAGAAUUAUGGGGAUUUCGCGAGUUAUCCAGGUCACAAACGUGGCUCCAAGUUGUACACGAGAUCAACUGAAAACUUUGUUUGGAUACAUUGGAAAAUUAGAUGCCGUGAUUCUUUAUCCAGAAGGUGAUCGAUCUGGUUCUACAAAAGUUUGCUACAUAAAGUUUGAGGAUUCCAGCCAUGCAGGAGUUGCCCUACAUCUAACCAACACAGUAUUUAUUGACAGGGCCCUUAUUGUUGUGCCAGUGUCUGAUGGCAAAAUCCCAAGUGAAACGGAAGCUAUGCAGGUAGCAGCGCCUGCUAAUGCUGUUGCUGGGCGCCUUCCCUCGACAUCUGAUUGGCCCACUAAUGUUGUCAACCAGGUUGCAGGCACAGGGUCUAGUCAGAUUAUAAUGACAGUUGACCCGCGACUAAAGCAACUCAACUUGCCUGCCUACCCCUCACUCCCAAUCACAACAGACCCAGCCAAGAUAGAGGAGAUAAGGUGUACCAUAUAUGUUGGCAAUCUCGGACCAACCGUAACAUCAGAGCAGCUUUUGAGCUUCUUCACACAAGUUGGAGAGGUGAAAUAUGUGAGAAUGGCUGGAGAUGAGAAUCUACCUACAAGAUUUGCAUAUGUGGAAUUCUCAGAGCAGCCCAGUGUGGCUACUGCACUUACAUAUAAUGGUGUUAUGUUCCAAAGCAGACCCCUACAGGUGUCCCAUUCAAUGUCUGCCAUUUCAAAGCCCUCUAGCAACAAUGCUAGUUCAGCUAAGGAGAUCGAAGAUGCUCUUAAGAAAGUGAAAGAUGCCCACUCUCUUAUCGCAGCCGCUAUUGAUCCUAAUUUUUCAAGAAGUCGCAGAUCCCGAUCUCGAUCUCGUAGGUCCAGAUCGAGAGGCCGAAGGUCAAGAUCAAGAAAGAGGUCAAGAUCAAGGAAGAGAUCGCGUUCAAGAAGGCGCUCAAGGUCCAGAAAACGUUCAAGAAGUGCUUCAAGAAGAAAAAGGUCAAGGUCACCAAGACGCAGAAGGUCCAGGUCUCCAAAGAGACGAUCCAGGAGCAGAUCAAGGGAGAGGCGAAGGCGCAGGUCACCAUCACCUAGGCGCAGAGGUUCAAGGUCACGUUCAAGGGAAAGGCGCAGAUCAAGAGAGCGCAGAAAGAAACGCAGUAGAACUCCACGUCGUAGUAGAACUCCAGUUAAGAAGAAAGUAAGUCGCUCACGAUCAAAGUCACCUCCACCCAAGAAGUGGAUGAGUAGAUCCCGCUCUGGAUCCAGAUCGGCUUCACCCCCAAAACUGAAACAUGUAGACUCCCCUAAGGCUAUAUCCAAAUCAAGGUCAAGGACUCCUCCCCCUCGUAAGAGGUCAAGAACUCCAGUAAAAAGAAGGCGCAAGUCAAAGUCACUCAGUAGAUCACCUAGAAGGCGUUCACCAGUAAAAUCUCGAAGACGUUCUAGAUCCAGGUCUAGGAGCAGGUCCCCAAGAAGGGCUAGAAAAGAAAAGCGAAGAGACAGAAGUCGCGACAGGACUGAGAAAAAGAAAAAGCAUCGCAACAGGAGCCACAGUAGAAGUAGAAGCAGGUCUAAAGAACGUAGCUCCAAGAAACAAGCCAGUGUUAAGCGUGAUUAUGAUGAGGAGGAAAAGGGCUUUGACAGUGGAGAUGAAGCUAUAAUUGUUAAAGAGAAGAGCACUGAUAAGGUCAGCCCUGACAAUCUGCAAACUAUGGACAUGGAUAUGGACAGUGAUUAAAUACAGUGAAUAUACAGAAUAGUUGGAGUUGUUGGAGUUUGUGAUUGGACAAUGCACUCAGAUAUGGACUUUACAUGUAUGUCAAAAUUUUUGAAUUUUGAAAUGAAAAUGGAUUGUAUUUAACGCUUUAAGACCUGCAAGUAAUAACUCAUUUUCUUACAUUAGCUUGGAAUUGAGUAUAUAUGAUCAUACAGGGUGGAUCAUAAAAAAUUUCAGUUGUCAUGUUAUUUUCCUGUAGAUAUUGAAUAGAAAAACUGUACCAGACCAAGAUUAACAGGCUGUGGACCAGCUCUUAUUUGGCACCCGGCCUGUUGUCAUGAAUUAUUGUUGGACUUUUCUAUGUCAUGUAGAAAGGCUUGCAUUAAUAGUUAUAAUUAGACUUUCCUGCAGUAAACACCUAUACAGUGAGAUCUGUGUAUAAUGAUUAAUUGUGAGAGAAAAAUGUUUGUUGUAUUUGUUAUCUUUGAGCCUAACAUGAAAUUCUCUGAAGCCUGAAUAAUAAUAUGAAGCUAAUAGGUUUUAGUUCAGCAACUGCUAGUUCGUAAUUAAAGUGCAUUUUUCAGUGUAAAACCGUAUCAUGAAUAUUGGUGUAAAUGUAAAAUAUUAUUAAAUGAAAUAUAUUGUCCUCU